AUGCGCACGCUUUCUUCGAUAGGCGCUUUGCUUGUUGCUAGUGGUACUGCCAUAGUGCAAGCCGACAGCAAUUUCGAACCGGCCAAUUUUAACAUCACUGCCGCAUUGGAAGGCUAUGGCGUUGAUACCUCCAGGAUACCUGCCCUGGCAAACCUGUCACAGCAAUGGACAGAAUCAUCUUGUCUUGCAGCCUGCGUUAGUCUCGACUCCAUCUUUGGCUCUGAGAAAGUCUUAGCUCCGGAAAACGCCGGCUACACCAGUUUCACGGGAGCUUUCUGGUCUGAGCAGCAGGCGAAGGUUCGUCCGUCUUGCAUUGUCAAGCCUGGCAUCAACACGGAUGUUGCCAUAGUUGUGUUGUUAUCUCAGCUGACCAGGUGUCCGUUCGCGGCCAAGAGCGGCGGCCAUGCCGCCUUCCGAGGUGCGUCGAGCAGCCCUGGAGGAAUCACCAUCUGGUUCACCGACAUGAAUGACCUGAGUCUGAAUGAGGACCGUUCGAUCGUAUCCCUGGGGCCAGGGAACCUCUGGGGUCAAGUGUACAAGGCCCUCGAACCGUACGGGUUAGCUGCUGUCGGCGGUCGGGAGAGCAGCAUUGGUGUGGGUGGUUUUGUCACUGGUGGUGGCAUUUCAUUCCAUUCCAACCUAUAUGGUUGGGCUUUAGAUAAUGUAGAGAGCUUUGAGGUCGUGACAGCUAGCGGCCGUAUUGUAACUGCUAAUGCAACUCACCUUCCGGACCUUUACUGGGCUCUCCGCGGCGGAGGCAAUAAUCUUGGUCUCGUUACCAAGUUCAACUUGUAUACAAUCCCAAGUUCGACAAUGCGUGGGACUACGCGCGUCUUUGAGGAGUCCCGAGUCCCGGAGGUCAUCAGUGCUUUCGCAAAUGUCGCCCGUGGCGCGACAUCCGACGGCAACGCCCAGCAAUACGUGGCAUUCAUCCGCAUGCAAGGAGUAAAUCUCGCAUCCGCAGAGCUCUCGUAUGCGCUAAACAAGGCCGACCCGCUCAUCUUCAAGCCAUACAGAGACAUUCCUGCAUUGGCCGACACAACCGAGUCCAGGAGUCUCGUGCAGUACUGCGAUUACAUCAACAGCCUAAAUCCUAACGGACACCGGGAGGUGUACUGGACAAUUGCAACACAGUUGGAUGAAUCAUUCGCCCGCUGGGCGGCUGAAUACUUCUUCGAAGUCUUACCGCAAACUGACAACAUUUCGGGUGCGAAUCCCGUAAUAGUUUAUCAGGCGCUGACGGAACCGAUGCUGGCCAACAUGACCAAGUUUGGUGGCAAUGCGCUGGGUUUGGAUGCAUCGCAAGGGCCGCUGAUUCUAUUCGACAUGGCCUUCUGGUGGGAUAACGCUGCCGACGACAAUGCCGUCUACGCCUUCAUUCAUGAUUACUUCAAAGUCGUCACCAAGGAAGCAAAGAAGCGUGGGAUUGCCCAUCAGUUUAUCUAUAUGAACUAUGGCAGUCAGUUCCAGGAUGUCAUUGCUGGAUAUGGUGCAGAAAAUAAAGCCCGCCUGCAGAAGGUGGCAGCAACAUACGAUCCUCGCGGCAUCUACCAAACACUGCAGCCAGGAUAUUUCAAAUUAAACGGAGCACCUGUCCAAUACUGA